AUGUCUGUCUUCGCCACCGUCAGCAAGCUCCUCGCUUUUGCUCAUCCGCCCACUAUCCGCGCCCAAUAGUCGAACUCGUCACCAAUAACCGCCGAGCAGAGUACUGCAAUCAUGGCGAACGUAAACAUUCGUCGGGAUGUCACCGAUCCUUUCUACCGCUACAAGAUGGAACGCCUGCAGUCCAAGGUUGAAGGCAAAGGCAAUGGCAUCAAGACGGUCGUUGUCAAUCUAAGCAACGUCGCCCAGCAGCUUGCUCGCCCGCCGAGCUAUGUCAUCAAGUAUUUCGGUUUCGAACUUGGUGCGCAGACCAACAUCGACCCGAAGGAUGACCGUUGGAUCAUCAACGGAGCUCACGACGCUUCCAAGUUACAAGAUUACCUUGACGGCUUCAUCAAGAAGUUCGUCUUGUGUAGGGCUUGCGAGAAUCCGGAGACGGUUGUCAACAUCAAGAACGGCAAUAUCAUCCUUGACUGCAAGGCCUGCGGUCAGCAGACCAAUGUAGACUUGCGCAACAAGCUGUCUUCCUUCAUCCUCAAGAAUCAACCGAAGAAGGGCAAGAAAGACAAGUCCACCAAGAAAGCUGAUCGCCGCGCGAAGAAAGAGGCCGAGCGUAACGGUACGGCCCAUGAUGACGACGACGAUGAGGCUAACGGAAAUGGUCACCCAAGCCCUGGCGAAAGUGGCUCUGAUCAUGCCGACGAGAACGGUGAUGUUGGCAACGAUGCUGGCAGCGAUGACGAGCUCACGCGCAAGAUCAACGCUGAAGCUAAGGAACUGCCUAACGAGCCUUCCACAAACAAAGAGGUUGAAUGGAAGACCGACAUGUCCGAGGAGGCCAUCCGAGCCCGUGCUCAAGCCUUGCCGGACGACCUCAAGCAGAGCUUGGCCAUCGACGAUGACGCCGAAGACAGCGGCCCCAGCGCUUAUGACGAGCUCGGCAAGUGGAUUGAGGAGAAGGCUAAGGAGGAGGGCGGCGUCGGCAAAGUCAAGGACGUCGACAUCUACCUUAAGGCCAAAGAGCUCGGCAUUGAGAGCAAGCAUCGCACGCCCGCCGUGCUCGCCCAGUGCAUUUUCGACGACGGCGUUGUCAAGCAGAUCGAGGGUCGCGCUUCAAUGCUCCGCAAGAUGACCUCCAUAGGCGAGAAGCACGAGAAAGCCUUUCUGGGCGGUAUCGAGCGCUUCGUUGGUAUUGACAGGCCCAACCUCAUCAACCAGGUCAGCCCGAUCUUGUUGAAGGUCUACGAGAAUGAGAUUGUGAGUGAAGAGACGCUCAAGGCUUGGGGUACCAAGGUCAGCAAGAAGUAUGUUGAUGCGGCGACGAGCAAGAAAAUCAAGAAGCAGGCGCAUACGUUCUUAGACUGGCUAGAGAAUGCGGAGGAAGAUGAUGACGACGAGGAGGAUGAGGAAUAGUGGUGAGCUUGUACUACUCUUGUUGUCGAGACGACGGCAGCCGGAAGAGUCAAAGGGUGAUUGUGUCGUUCUUGUCUGCCUGCGUUCCGGCGUCUGUCAAAUACUCCGCUUUGGCAAGUUUUCCUUGUGCGGGCCAGAUUCAGCUUAGUUGCGUGAAGAUAGAUUGGUAGCAACAACCCUACUCCUCACAAUACCUGUAGAGCGGUGA